UCUUUAUUCCAAGGAAAAAAUGGGACAUGUAUACCAAGACAGGCUAUCGAUUUCUAUGGAAGAGUUAUGUUCUGAAAAUGGUAGCAGCAGGGGAAGGAUGGGCAGGAAGAGCUACGACGAUGACACCAGAACGUUCAAAUCCAAGAACCUCGAGACCGAAAGGAAAAGGAGGGAGAAGCUCAGUUCCAGGCUCUUGAUGCUGCGUUCUUUAGUGCCCAUCAUCACAAAUAUGAACAAAGAAACUAUUAUUGACGAUUCGAUAACAUACAUUAAGAAGUUGCAAGAUGAGGUUGAGAGCCUCACACGCGAGCUUCCCGGAAUUGAAGCAAACUCAAAAGAAGUAGCAAAGCCAAAGGUGGAUCAAUUUGAUGCUGCAGAAGAGAUGAAGAAAUGGGGGAUACAGGAAGAGGUCCAGGUAACAAAAAUUGAUGGGAAUAAAUUGUGGGUCAAGAUGAUCAUUGAGAACAAGAGGGGUGGUUUCAAAAAUUUGGUGCAGUCUCUGGAUACUUAUGGCAUUGAAUUGAUAGACACCAAUGUCACAGCCAUGAAAGGAGCCUUACUGAUAACAACCUGCAUACAGGGCAUGCAUGGUGAAACACUUGAAGUUAAUCAAACUGAACAGUUCUUGCUUGGUAUUCUAAGAACCAUUUAGAGUAUCUUAUAGCUUAUUUCUUAUGUACUCAUCCAUGAAAUUGAAAUGGAUUUUAGGUUAUUUUAUUGUUGGAUCAACUUCUCUUUCGAAUUUCCAAUAAUAGUAUUGAACAAGUACA